GUAAACACAUGUCAUGAAGGUUAACGAAGGAGGUGGUAGUCUGCCUAUAUAUUUGUACUGCUUGGUUUAUAUUAUUGUUAUCAGUAUAAUACAAAGUUCACAAUGAGGUACCAUGGUAUAGUACUUUUAUUCAUUUUUUUCCAGAUAAUUUCAACAGCCUUCUCUGAUGAACCAGAGAAAGAUGGCGGGGAAAAGAGAAUAGGCUACGAAGAUGGCCAGAUAACUUCAGUAACAGUAUACACCGGAGAUACCAAGCCUACAGGUGAAACUGUGCCUUCGACUGGGACUGGUACCGGAAGCGGCACUAGCGGUGGUGGUUCUGCCGAUAGCGGUACUACUACUGGGGGCGCUCAGCAGCAAGGACCGUUCACCGGAUUCCCAGGUAGACCCAGACCCAGACCCAGGCCUGGGCACGGAAGACCUGGCCAUUGGUUCCGCCCUUUUGGCUAUCGUGGAGGCCGGCGAACUGUUUCGCAAGGUGAGGAAGAGGAAAACUCGUCGUCAGAAAAUGUUGGUUCUAGCCCACAAUAAUUAAAAAAUUGUAAUAUCAGUACAUUGAUUUAACUACAUUUAUGAAUUUUA